CAUUUCCCAAGAAUCCCUGCGUGCACUGGGGGUAGGGGACGAGCCAGACUUUUAACACGCGGCUCUGAGAGCGUGAUUCGGAGUUUGAGCUGCAGUUUCAGAGUUUGAGGCGCAGUUGCGGCAGUUUGCGAGAUGCCCAAAGCUAAGGGAAAGACGCGGAGGCAGAAGUUCGGUUACAAUGUCAACCGAAAGCGUCUGAACCGGAAUGCUCGUCGGAAGGCAGCGCCACGGAUCGAGUGCUCCCACAUCCGACAUGCCUGGGACCACACCAAAUCCGUGCGACAGAACCUGGCGGAGAUGGGCUUGGCCAUGGACCCGAACAAGGCGGUUCCCCUCCGUAAGAGGAAGAUAAAGGCCAUGGAGGUAGACACCGAGGAGAGACCCAGAGAUCUUGUACGGAAACCCUAUGUGGUAAAUGACCUGGAGGCAGAAGCCAGCCUCCCAGAGAAGAAAGGAAAUACCCUGUCUCGGGACCUCAUUGACUAUGUUCAGUACAUGGUGGAGAAUCAUGGGGAGAACUAUAAGGCCAUGGCCCGGGAUGAGAAGAAUUACUAUCAAGACACCCCAAAACAGAUUCGGAAUAAGAUUAAUGUCUACAAGCGCUUUUACCCAACGGAAUGGCAAGCCUUCAUUGACUCUUUGCAGAGUAAGAAGAUGGAGGUAGACUGAGUGGUGCAUCCCCUCAGACCCAGGUCUACUGGACCAAAGAAACCAGACCCAGGCUGUAAGGCAAGGGCUGUGUAGCUUCAGAUGAUGCUGGCUAAGUCCUAUGGAAUCAGGUUUUACAUGCACGCUGUCUGUCUCUUCGCUGUCCCCCUCCUUCCUUCUGGAGAAGGAACUCUUGUUUUGUUUUAUUUGAGAAAAAGCAUCUCUCUAAUAGCCUUAGCUGUCCUAGAACUUUCUCUGUAGACCAGGCUGACCUUGAAGUCAGAAAUCCACCUGCUUCUGCCAAGUGCAGGGAUUAAAGGCGUGCGCCACCACCGUCGUCGGGAUGAGAAGGAACUCUUUCAAGGCCAUGGCUUAUGUUCUGCUGGGAGCUUACACAGAAAGCCAGGGCCUUCUGGUCUGUGUUCAGAAGGGAUGCUCUAUUUCAGUGUGUUCUGUACAUGAUAACAUGAUAAAGGAAUAUUUUACUUGUGUAACAUGA